CGAAAGAUUACCGAGCGGGUGGAAAUGCACGCAGCCGUUGUUGGGAUGCCGACUUGCUCCGGCAGGACUGCAUCAUAUGCCAAAGUACAGGAUUUUUUCAGGGCUUAUGCACAAGGUGUUCUGCCGGAGUGCGGCAUCCGAGUCAUCGGAUUUUGGGAUGAGAGCUAUACGACGCAGUUGGCCAAGGACUCUUUCAUGGGGCAUGCGAAGAAGAGGGAUAGAAAUCGGCUUGCGACACGGAAAAGGGUCGUGGAUGGUUACGCAGCAGGAAUUAUACUACAAGAUGCCCUGGACGCUGUGAAAGUUGCAACGGACGGAAGCCCAGUAUGACUCCCAAGCGUGUCAGCUGCUAUGCUGAUGUACUGUCAACUACACGGCUACCCGCUAAGAUCUGUAUCGUUUGCGUUGUGUGGUUGCGAAACAUGUAGAGCUAUGUUGGAGUGGUUGGUCGCAAUCGGAUGAGAGCAACUACUUUGUCAAAAGCUGUCCCAAAUGUAAUGGGUUCCAGCACGAAGCUCUCGCAACCAGGGAUGGCAGAUUAGUGGCUUGCAGAGCUAUGGCGUGACAAUGCAAGUCGCACAGCACUCGGGUAAUACUCCGAAACGAAAAGUUUAUGCGAAUCAAAAGUAAUGAGGGGAACCGUAUCGCAGAAGAGCUAGAGGCCCCAGGAAGGUCAAAAGGAUCAUUAUCGAUUCGAGACAACGCUCCUGUACGCAGUUGAGUUGAAGCAAAGUGCUCCCUCGACAGCAAGUUGCAACUCAAGGCAUGGACUCGCUUUCGCUCUGCGUCGUGUGGUUAUGCGGGAUAGCAUACUGGCGCGAUCUGCUAGACCCGAGCCUGUUCACUGCUGCUCGUUUCUGCGGCGAGAAGGUGCAAGCGCUCAACGUGCCCACGCCUCGCAAAAGCGAGCUCAAGCAUCGCGGCCUUUUUGCUUGGCUCUAUCAUGACGCACCGCGCCUGUUUGAGAAGCGUCAGAACGGGGGUGUCAUGCUUUUGAUAUGGCAGAACGGCAUUGCGAAAAGCAACGACGAAGACGACUGGAACGUUCCGCUGUGCGCGGUCGAAGGGGAUGAGAGGAUCGGGUGCGACGCGGUUGUCGUCGAGGCCCACGAGAUGCGGUGGUCGACGUGCGACGACGCGGGGGUAGACGAAGAACGCCUCCAAGCAAGAGUGGCCCAGGUUCUACGCACGAUUUGUUCGUAUUCCAUUUUCUUAGGCCCGCUAGAGAAAGGUUGCGACAUUGAAAUCGAGGCGUUCGAUUGUGCCGAGGAUGAGCGAGCUGUAAAUGAGAAGGUGCGCCAUUUGCAGUGCAAGAAAUUCAAGGGGCUGCACACGGCGACGGCGCAGAUAUCGUGGUCUGUUUACGUUGAGCGGAGCGAGUUGAGAGUUUUGAGUUCGGGUCUCUGA